GGUUUGACAGGAAGAAGACCUAUGAAGAAGACUUUAUCGCUUGCGUAAAGCAGCAAAUGAGCAUGUAAAUAUGGCCUCUUCGUGGUUGUUUCUUUUGCUUGGGAUCGAAUUAAUUGCGUUUACAACUGCUUUCUUUUUCGAACUGUCAGAUAGAAGCCAUGUCGAAAGAUGCUUCCACGAGGAAUAUGAUUCAGGCAUGACAAUUGCUGGUACAUACAGAAUUCAGGAUCAUGAAGAUGGAAAUGAAAAUUUUAUACCAGGCUCAGUUCAGUUGAGGGUUAUCGAUCCUGACAGGCAUGAUAUGCUACAAAAAGAAUAUAAAGGAGAAGGAACUUUUGCAUUUGCAACCAGCACCUAUGGAAUUUAUGAAAUAUGCUUUAUGAAGCAUCCGUCUACACCCCAUGGUAAAACGCGUGUUUACCUUCAUUACGAUAUCAAAAAUGAAGAUCAAUCAGAAUUAGAAGGUGGAAUGAAUGGAAACAGUACUUCUUUGGAACGCCUUGUUUCUUCUCUUGGUGAACAGUAUGAAAAUGUUCUCUAUAUGUAUCACAAAUUUAAGAAGAGAGAAAAGAAAUUCAGGGAUCUAAGCCAAACAACCAACAAUCGAAUUAUUUGGUGGGCCGUGUUUCAAGUUAUUGUUCUUAUUCUCACUGCAGCGUGGCAACUCAGACAUUUAACAAGAUUUUUUGUAUUGAAGAAAAUAGUUUGA